GGAGCUGGCGGGCCGGGCCGCCUCUUGCCUUCCCUCGCAAUUCCUCCCGAGGCGGCGGCGGCACUCGGCCGCCUCGCGCGUGGGGGGAGCGGGUGAGAGUGAGGGGCGCCGAGGGCCGGCGGGACCCCGCGGUCACGUGACUGCGCCGGGCCGGGUCCAGCGGCGGUGCACGUGUGCAGCCGGUGGGGCUCGGCGGGAGCGCUGCGCCUGGCUCGGGGCACGGCGUGGGAAGGAUGCGGGGCUGUUGGAGCGGGUCCGGAGGAGGCCACAGGAUCGCCUGUAGAGAAAGGCUGAAAGGCUGCUGCUGAGAGGAGUUCUCAGGAAGCCGUUGGAGAGCUCAGAGACAGGAGCAGAGGAUGACGCAGCAGGGAGCUGUUCUUCAAGGUUACAACAACGAGCUCGUCAAGUGUAUUGAAGACUUGUGUAUGCAAAAAGAGGAGCUGAACAAACAGAUCCAGCAAGCAGAAGAGGAAAAAAGUAAACUCCAGCAUGAAAUUCAAGUUCUGAAUGAACAGUUGGAGUGCGUGUGUGAAAACCUGGCUCAGAAGGUAGCUUCGCGAAAUGAGCUUGAUAAAAUUCUUGCUGAAACUGAAGCUGCUUACAUGAAGAUUUUGGAUAGUUCCAGAACUUUGCUUAAUGUCCUGAAGAAGGAAGUGGGAAGCUUAAAGCAUGCACCAGAACUGAAAAGUAAUGUAACCUGAAGCUGUCAAAUGUCUGGACUUGGCAAUUCUAAAAUCCCACUAGGAUGCUAACACUGAAAAAAGGAAUCACAGAAUCAGAGAAUCACCAAGGCUGGAAAGGACCUUCAAGAUCAUGCAGUCCAACCAGUCACCUAUCACCAAUAGUUCUCACUAAACCACGUUCCUCAACACAGAAUCCAACCAUUCCUUGAACACCUCCAGGGUCGGUGACUCCACCACCUCCCUGGGCAGCCCAUUCCAGUGCCUGACCACUCUUUCAGAGAAGUACUAUUUAAAAAAAAAAUUGAGUCUUUAAAGAUGUGUACUUCGCAAGCUUUAUUUCCUCAAAGUGCAGCUGUAUACUUGGAAAUGUAUUUAAGUUCAGAUCCGUAAAUGGAGAGCAAUAGUAGUAUAUCUCCAGGGCUGUUGUCAGGUGGCUGCAGCCUGGCAGUCAUUGUGAAGUGCACCAGUGUAGCUCAAAAAUGCCUCCUGCCUUUAUAUUUUGUAUUGACCCAAAUUAUUUUAGUGCAUCCUAUUACUGAAGUCAAAAGCUUUUUUCAAGUGCAUGGGUGUUCUGUCUUUUUGUCAGAAGUCAGGUAUAUUGCAAAUCUUGGCAUAGAUAGCUUUUCUUUAACAGGUUAAGUUUAUUUAGAAAACAAACUAAGACAUUGCUAGAAUAGAACUGGCAAUGUGGAGAUGACAGCAGCUAUGUAAGGUUAGCCUGCAAAGGAAAGUUUGCCUGAAAUAAGACUGGCUAUAAAUCCAAAGCAUCAUAUUUGUUCCUAGCUUUAUAUAUAUAUAUAUUUUGUCAAUUUUUAUAUGGCUUUGAGGGUUAGACCCAGUAAGAUACGUGUCUAUUACAAGCUAGAAGCUGUAAUGGCAAAAUUUGUGUUACUGAACUGUGGUGCUGGCUCAGAAGCUGUGCUGGGUGUGUUGUGCCUUAUUAGCUGAACAAAGACACACAGAUUUUGGAAUGCUUAUCUGUGCUUGAUUCAAAGCUUCAGUGAGAUACAUCCAGAGCACUGGGAUCACUUCCUGUCUUAACGUCAUGGUGCUUCUACCUGGCUUGCAAGUAACAGUGUGGAACUGGAGGAGAGGUGAUGAUUUCCCACUUUUAAAGCAAUGUUUCUUAAAUAUGUAUUUACCACAUACAACUCCAGUGAUCAACAGGCUUUUCAAAACAUUGGAGUAUUAACUCCUGCCAAGUAAACUAAGUUUAUGAUCUAUGUGGUGUUUGGUGGUUACCAAAUAAACUUGGGUGCUAUGUUGAAAGUAAUUUUCUGUGUGGAGGUGGUUACACAAACCACUGGGUGAAGAGCUGCGAGUCACUCACCGUCCAUAACUGGCAGCAGAGAUGCUUGUGUUCAGUCCCCACAUGCGAAUUCUGCUACUUGUGUUAUAGGAAUGGGGGUGAACGGGCUGCCAUGGGUGCUAAUUUUAGGGGUGGAAAGCAAGGAGAAAUUACAGAUGUACUAGGAGUUCUAGUUUGGGAAGAUAAAUUGUAAGAGGGCAUGAUAGAAAUGGAUGUUCACCUCCUCUUAAUUUCUGUUUCAGCUGUAAGUGUAUUUGUAGUGAGCCAUAACCUGCAGUUCCUGCUGCCCAAUAAAUCCAAUUUUGGAUAUCAACUGAGGCUGACCAUAAGUCAGAACAGCCUCCCUCGUAUUUCCUCUUCCUGGACUUUUAUUCUCCUGGCCAAAUAAGUUGGUGUGUUCUGCUUUGCAGUGACCAGCUCCAACAGGAGGCUAUUGGGAGCACUGUCCAGAGGGUCUGAGCAGAGCGAUGUCCUGAGAGAGGUGAUGCUUUGCCUUCCUGUAAGGUGAGAGAGCCCCAAGCCUGAGCUUGCAGCUUGUUGAGUACGUGUGCUGCCAGGCUUGUUACUGUUGUCUCCUAAUUUUGUAGCUCCUAGGAACAGCAAUCAGUGAACUGCUGGAUCUGACAAAGAACCCAAAAUCCUGUCAGUUUAUCAGAUGCACUCAGUGUUCUGUUUUUUUUUUUUUCAGAUUGAUCUUGAGGAAUGUCAGGUUUUUGGAUUCUGAACAUGGUGAAUGCAUGAGGUUUCUUCAGACUUGAUGGAAUUUUAGAUGCCCAAAGAAUCUGUCUGUUCAAAUGAUGAAGCAAGCUGUAAUCUAAACAGACAAGUGAGUCUUAAACUGCAAUUCCAGAAUUCUGUGUCUCAAUUCCAUCUAGCUUUUGAGGUAUAAGUGAGUCGUACUGCAAAUGGAUUAGGUGGAUUAUGUUAAAUUGGAACAAGACAUUUAUGCUGGAACAGGAGUAUUCAAAAGACUGUUAGUGAAAGGAUUGAAUGUCUACAGCUAAUUCAUGCUCUAGAUGAGUUCUGUGCAGAAGACUGGUAUCUAUUACUCCUUAGAGGAUUUUGCUUGUUGGAAGAAAUUUGAGUUAGAAGAUGUAGCUCGGGGCAGUUGCUGAAAUUAUCCUUAACUUCAAGAUGUGGUUUGCAUCAGUGGCUGAAAUUAUCCUUAAUCUUGAGUAGAUCCCGAGCUCUUGGA